AUGGCUCACAAAAAGGCCCAGCAGCAGGAGAUGGUCCAGGUUGAUAGAUCAGAGUAUGGAUAUCGUGAGCACCAAGCUGUCAAUCGGAAUCUUGCUAACACACUGAAGACGACCAUCUUCGCCGUUUUGGCGAGGACGACCGUCGACACCUCGUCAGACCUCGGGGCAGGCGACGAAGGUGUUUGGCGCUUCAUACUCCCAUGCCGAUAUGCUAAAAAUCGAGUCAUUACUCCUCCGUCGGAUAGGCCGCACUUUCAGUCUCCGGAACGAAAACCCUACUCAGGCUAUACCUCGUCCGCGUUGGGUGAGAGCUGGGACUUGGCUGGUGGGGGAGACGCGGAAGGAGACGACGACGAUCUGGUCUAUGAGGACGACGAAGAUGAAUUUGGUCUGCCCAGCAUUGCAAGCAUGCGUCGAAAGAGGAGUAUAAAAAACAAGACGGUGAAGGCAGAGCAAAUUGCGUAUCCAAGUCUGUCGCAGACUACUUCUGCUCCAGCUUUGGCACCUUCUCCGUUUCCACGUUCCGCCAGAUCCAACAGUUUCGAUAUCGCUGAAGAGCGGAACCCGCUGUCGUACCCAAGCACCAAAAAGGGCGAAGGCAAAAUCCUGAGGCCCCAAUACAAAGACAUUCUGAGGGAUCCAGCAAACUCGUUGCAUCUCAUUAGUUUCCCUUCUCUGCCUCCGAAUGCGACGCCGAAAGAAGCAGAGGCCCAUAGCACAAGGGUGUCACGGAUCAACAAGUUCAAGCGAAUAUUGCAGGCGAGCUCUGUUUCUUUGCCAGACUUGCGAGCCGCAGCCUGGUCAGGAGUACCUGAAGAGGUACGCGCCAUUACAUGGCAGCUUCUCCUUGGCCAUCUACCAACUAACAGCGAACGACGUGUCACAACCCUGGAGCGGAAGCGGAAAGAAUAUCUUGAUGCUGUGCAACAAGCUUUCAAUUCCGGGACGAUGGCUGGCAGAAGUGCAUCGAGCACAGGACUACCUGGACUUGCUUCACAGCCACCAGUCAGCACCGGUCGCGGAAGAGGAUUGGAUGAGGCGAUUUGGCAUCAGGUUAGCAUUGAUGUACCUCGGACAAACCCUCAUAUACCGUUGUAUGGGUUCGAAGCCACGCAACGAUCUCUCGAACGCAUUCUCUACGUUUGGGCAAUUCGACACCCAGCAAGUGGAUAUGUGCAAGGGAUCAACGAUUUAGCCACGCCCUUUUGGCAAGUCUUCCUAGGUACCUAUAUCACGGACUUGGAUGUCGAAAGUGGGAUGGAUCCCGGCCAGUUACCAAGGCCGGUUCUGGACGCCGUCGAGGCAGACACAUUUUGGUGUCUGACAAAGCUGUUGGACGGCAUACAGGACAACUACAUCGUCGCGCAGCCAGGCAUUCAUCGUCAAGUUGCUGCUCUGCGAGAUUUGACAACCAGAAUCGACGUAGGCUUGGCUAAGCAUUUUGAAAACGAGCACGUGGAAUACAUGCAAUUCAGUUUCAGGUGGAUGAACUGCCUGUUGAUGCGCGAAUUGAGCAUUAAGAGCGUCAUCCGCAUGUGGGACACAUACAUGGCCGAAGAGAAUGGCUUUUCCCAGUUUCACCUCUACGUCUGCGCAGCAUUCCUCGUCAAGUGGUCUGACAAAUUGAUGAAGAUGAACUUCCAAGAGAUCUUGAUGUUCCUACAGGCAUUGCCGACUCGCGAAUGGACAGAAAAAGAUAUUGAACUUCUACUGAGCGAGGCUUUUAUUUGGCAGAGUCUGUUCCGUGGAUCAAGAGCGCAUUUGCGGACUCAAAAUAGCACCGUCCCGAUGGGUUCACUCGGUCCUUCUACUUGA